AUGGCCAUAAAAGCAAAUGAUUUCAUAUUAAUACGCAAAGAAUUGUAUUUCCGUUCACUCAAACUGAACCCAGAUAGCAUAGAAACCAUUGAUGGAAUGAAGGUUUGUUUGAAAAACGCAAUCGGUCUCCCUUACGGCACCGUGUUUGCCGUCAAUGGAUCCGCUAUCGAACCGGUAUCCGUGGAUGAACUGGACGAACAAGUGCUAGUUUCUUCGGACGAAUCGGCCGACAACGGCGGUGCUGCUACCCGGUUGGAUAAUAAAGAUAAUCGUGAUAUUGUGGAUUGCACACUGAAUCAAAAAUUGGACUACGGAGAUAUCAAAAUGCUUCAGUCUGCUGGUAGCACCGCCAAAGAGAUUGUCAACGAAUUGGUUAAAGGCAAUGCGAAUUUCGAAAAGAAAACUAAAUUUUCUCAAGAAAAAUAUCUGAAAAAGAAACGCAAACGGUAUCUUGGCCUGUUUUCUAUUGAGCGCCCGUGCUCGAGAAUUCUGUGUGAGCUGUACUCAAAGCUUCGACGGGACAAAUGUCUGUAA